CACCAUGGCCAUGCCCACGCUCAGCACACCUCUGACCACCCUGCUUGGGAUCAAAUACCCAAUCUUACUUGCAGGCAUGGCUCGCACAUCAUCCGGUCCUCUGGCUGCCGCAGUCUCAAAUGCAGGCGGCCUAGGCACAAUCGGAGGACUGGGAUACAAUCCACAACAACUCCGCGACAUCAUUACGGAACUAAAAUCGCAUCUCUCGUCUCCAGACCUACCUUUUGGUGUCGACCUGGCCUUACCACAAGUAGGCGGCUCAGCACGAAAAACAAACCAUGAUUACACUCAUGGACAACUCGAUCAGCUCAUUGAUGUGGUGAUUGAAGAGGGUGCAAAACUGUUCAUUAGUGCUGUGGCUAAGAAGUACAAGAGUCCACUGACCGGUGAACCUGCCUUGGUAGUGGCAGCAGGUGGCAUAUGCAACGGACGUAGUUUGGCAGCCGCGUUGAUGCAAGGAGCUGCUGGUGUAUGGGUCGGGACAAGGUAUGAACUUCUUCCACUCAUUACAAGUUUCGGGGCUGACCGUAUGGUGACANGAUUCGUCGCAAGUGUCGAAGCUGGAUGCUCGAAACUGCACAAAGAGGCAGUGGUAUCAGCCAGAUUUGAGGACACGCUGCGUACAUUAGUUGUCAGCGGUCGACCGCUUCGCGUUCGCAUGAACGACUACAUUCAAUCUUGGGAAGACAGACCCGAAGAUAUCAAGCGGUUGACCGAGCAAGGCAUCGUGCCGAUGCAANAGGACAUGGAUGACGACAAAGAUGUCGAUCUUCCAUACUUGAUGGGCACCGUGGCUGGCGUGAUCGAUAACAUCCAGCCCGCAAAGGACAUUGUGGAAGACAUGAUCAGAGAGGCUGUGGAUAUGUUGAAGAGAGGGCAGAGCUUUAUCGCGCGCGAUAGCAAGUUA